AUGACCACCCGCAGCCUGGGCAGUGGGAUGGAAGAAGAGGGAGCAUCAGAGGCCCAGGCCAACACCAAGGUGUUGCACGUAUACAGUACAGAAUACACAAAUUUAAAACCCCAGAAUAUCAACUGGCAGACGACUGCCAACCGGCAAGCACAUCUCACAGACAGGUACUCCAGCCAGGAGCUCAUCUUGCGAAGAGGUCAACCGUUCACCUUUUCAUUGACUUUCAACCGACUUCUUAGAUCUGGAGAGAGUCUGGGGUUCAUCGCCUCCACAGGGCCCUCCCCAUCAGAAUCUGCCAAAACGAAGGCUGUGUUUCCACUCUCCAGUGGGACAAGUGGUGGCAGCUGGUAUGCACAGCUCCUGUCCCAGAGGGACAAUACUCUGACCAUCUCCAUCUCCAGUCCUGCCAGUGCACCCAUAGGAUGGUACACGCUGAGCCUGCAGGUCUCCUCCCAGGGCAACAACUUUACUCUGAAGCUUGGGAUGUUUAUACUGCUCUUUAACCCCUGGUCACAAGCGGAUAGUGUCUUUAUGAAUAACCAAGCUGAGAGAGAGGAGUAUGUUCUGCAAGAUGCCGGUGCCAUUUUUGUGGGAAGCACAAAUCGAAUUAGCAUGGUUGGCUGGAACUUCGGACAGUUUGAAGGAGACAUUCUGAACAUCUGCCUCUCGAUCCUGGAUAGCAGUCUGAAUUUCCGCCGUGACCCUGCUACUGACGUGGCCCGCAGAGGGGACCCCAAAUAUGUUGGCCGGGUGCUGAGUGCAAUGGUCAACAGCAAUGAUGACAAUGGUGUGAUAGCUGGGAAUUGGAGUGGCAACUACACAGGUGGCCGGGACCCCAGGAACUGGAACGGCAGUGUGGAGAUUCUCAAGGACUGGAAGAAUUCUGGCUUCAGGCCAGUCCGAUAUGGCCAGUGCUGGGUCUUUGCUGGGACCCUCAACACAGUGCUGCGGUCUUUUGGGAUUCCCUCCCGGGUGAUCACCAACUUCAACUCCGCUCAUGACACAGACAGGAACCUCAGCGUGGAUGUGUACUACGACCCCAUGGGAAAUCCCCUGGACAAAGGCAGUGACAGCGUAUGGAAUUUCCAUGUCUGGAAUGAAGCCUGGUUUGUGCGGAAUGACCUGGGCUCCACGUACAAUGGAUGGCAGGUUCUGGACGCCACCCCGCAAGAGAGGAGCCAAGGGGUGUUCCAGUGCGGCCCCGCUUCGGUGACGGCUGUCCGAGAGGGCGAUGUGCACCUGGACUUCGACAUGCCCUUCAUCUUCGCGGAGGUCAAUGCCGACCGCAUCACCUGGAUCUACGAUGCCCGCCGCAACUCCCAGAGGCAGAAUUCCUCGGAAACUGACACCAUCGGCAGGUACAUCAGCACGAAGGCGGUAGGCAGCUACUCCCGCAUGGACGUCACCGAGAAGUACAAGUACCCCGAAGGCUCCAGACAGGAAAGACAAGUGUUUGACAAGGCACUGGGGAAACUUAAACCCAGCAGAACAUUCGGCCCAACAUCUGCAACAGAGGUCGAAAGAGACGAGCGGGAGCCCAGCAUUUCUGGGGUGUUCAAGGUCACUGGCAUUCUGGCAGUGGGCAAAGAAGUCAACCUGGCCCUGAUGCUCAAAAACCUGACACGUGACAUAAAGACCGUGACGGUGAACAUGACGGCCUGGACCAUUGUCUACAACGGCACACUUGUCCACGAGGUGUGGAAGGACUCCAUCACAAUCUCUCUGGACCCUGAAGAAGAAGUGAUGCAGCCCGUGAAGAUCACAUAUGCUCAGUACGAGAAGUACCUGAAGGCGGACAACAUGAUCCGGACCACGGCCGUGUGCCAGGCUUCCGACGAGGCCGAGGUGGUGGUGGAGAGGGACAUCAUCCUGGACAACCCCACUCUGACCCUGGAGCUGCUGGACCAGGCCCAGGUACGGAAGCCCGUGAACGUGCAGAUGCUCUUCUCCAACCCGCUAGAUGAGCCAGUGAAGAACUGCGUGCUGAUGGUAGAGGGGAGCGGCCUGCUGCUGGGCAGCCUCAAGAUCGAUGUGCCAACCCUGCGCCCCAAGGAGCGGUCCCGGGUACGUUUUGAGAUCCUGCCCACCCGGAGUGGCACCAAGCAGCUGCUCGCUGACUUCUCCUGCAACAAGUUCCCUGCAAUCAAGGCCAUGCUGUCUGUCGACGUGGCAGAGUGA